GUUUUCGCCAACAACAAUGGCAUGGAGCAGUCGCAUUGCCAUGGCUCUGCUUCUUUUGUUUGUCACGACAUUUCAACGAAUUGCAGUCCCUCGUGAAGUUCUCAUAAACUUUCUCUUAAAAUGUGUUAUUUUGGCUCAAGAUCCGGUAAAUUCUACUGGUAGGUGUGACAGAAGAACAUUUUGUUUAAAGCUUUGAUACACCUGGAUUUGAUUAAGCGUUCGAAAUCCCCUGCUCAAAGCAGAAAAUGAUUCUGAAAAAAAUGGCAGAUAAACGUCUUUUCUGGUCAAAUUGCUGAAACAUUCCAAUGCUGAAAACAGUAGCAUAAACAUAUUUAAAAGUUGCCGGUUGAACAUCCACAUAGUUUAAGAGGCGGGUUUGUGAAAGUGGUCAUUUCAUUGCAAUGUAAGAAGUGGGUUGCUAUAAAAGCUUGAUACAUUUAUUUAAUUUUAAAAGAUCAAGCGAGUGGGGGAAAAUGGUGAUGUUGUCUCUGAUAAUCCAUGGGAAGUGCAGCGGGUCAGCUUGUAAGGGAUCACAAGAACAAGGUUGUAUUGUCUAUUAUGCAUCAGUUUGGGAGUAAAAAACCUGUGAAAAGAGGUUCUUGUCAAGGAGAAUUAGGAGAUGUGAAACUCAGGUCAGCUAAGAAUGUGAAGGUGCUCUGCAAGCAGGGUUUAUUGAAGGAGGCACUGGAGAUUAUGCAUCUGAUAGAAAAGAGAAUGGAUUGCUCUAUUUAUGUUUAUCUCUUACAGGGGUGUGCCAAGGUGAAAGCCUUGUCAGAGGGAAAGCUGGUUCAUGCCCACAUGAAUGAGACAGGAUUUGUGCCAGAUAGGUUUGUAUGGAACACACUAUUGAAUAUGUAUGCUAAAUGCAAUAGUUUGGUUGAUGCUCGCAAAGUGUUUGACAAAAUGCCUGAACGAGAUGUGUUCUCGUGGUCUGUGAUGAUUGCAGCAUAUGGUAAGCAUGGAGUUGCCGAGGCUUCAGUGAAGCUAUUUGAAGAAAUGCAAAGGAUAGGUAUACAGCCUAAUCAGUUCACAUUUGCCAGUGUACUGGCGGCUUGUGCAGACUUGGAAGAUCUGAAAAAGGGCAUGAGGAUUCAUGAUGAAAUAGUUAGACUUGGUUUUCAGUCUGAUACCUUUGUGGCGAGCGCCCUUUUGGAUAUGUAUUCAAAAUGUGGUAGCAUAGAGAAAGCGCGGAAAUUAUUUGACAAUAUGAAUCAACGAGAUGUUGUCUCUUGGACAGCCAUGAUUGCUGGAUAUGCACAUAAUGGUUUUCUUGACGAGGCUUUAGCUCUUUUUAAGAAAAUGCCUGAACAUAAUGUGGUCUCUUGGAAUGCAAUGAUAGCAGGGUAUGCCCAGAAUGGGUAUGUUGAGGAGGCCCUUAUUCUGUUUCAGAAAAUGCCUCAAAGGAAUGUGGUUUCGUGGACGGCAAUGAUUGCAGGAUUUGUGCAGAGUGGGAACAGUAUGGAAGCCCUAGAGUUUUUUAAGCAAAUGCAACAGGUAGGAAUAAAGCCCGAUUCUAAGACAUUUUCCACUGUACUCCCAGCAUGUGCAAAUUUGGCAGCUCUAGAACAGGGUAUGGAAAUCCAUGAGGAAAUAAUUAGAAUUGGAUAUCAAUCCGAUGUCUUCUUGGAGAAUGCUCUAGUGGACAUGUAUGCCAAAUGUGGGAGUAUAGAGAGAGCACGUGAGUUGUUUGACAAAAUGUGUGAACAAAACACCGUCUCCUGGACCGUGAUGAUUGCAGGAUAUGCCAUUCAUGGCUGUGCUAAGGAAGCCCUUAAACUGUUUGAACAGAUGGAACACUUUCGUAUGUGGCCAGACCAUGUCACCUUACUUUGUGUCUUGUCUGCAUGUUGUCAUGCAGGUCUAGUGCAUGAAGGACGUUAUCACUUCAACCGAAUGUAUCAUUACUACCGCAUUAUUCCUGAAAUAGAACACUAUAGCUGCAUGGUUGACCUUCUUGGUCGAGCUGGGUAUCUGGAGGAAGCCCAAGAUUUUAUCAAUAGAAUGCCAAUAAAACCUGACUCCACUGUGUGGGGAUCCUUGCUCGGUGCUUGUAGGUUGCAUAACAAUGUAGAGCUUGGACAAUGUGUGGCCGAAUGGCUCUUUCAGCUAGAUCCUCAAAAUGCUGCACCUUACGUUCUCCUAGCUAACAUCUAUGCUGGCGCUGGAAGGUGGAAAGAAAUUCAAAACCUGCGGAAAAUAAUGAAAAACAGAAAGAUGAAAAAGAGACCUGGUUGUAGUUGGAUCGAGGUUCAAAAAAAGAUGCACGCUUUCAUUGUUGGAGAUGGUUAUUGCCCAUGAAUGACACUCUUUCCUGAUGUAUUCGGGGCAUCCUAAAAUACCCACAGUUGAGCACAAUGUAGGUGUGAACAGCACAAUGUAGGUGUGGGCAGCACAAAUCCUUGACAACCAACUGAGAAGCUGGCAACAACGGUUGUGAACCUUUGUUCGUAGUUUGCUUACGGCUCUCCAGUGAUUUCUUCCCCAGUAUAGUCACAAUCUUAAAUUAUUGCAUAGGAUGUUGACCAACACUCCACGGAGGGAUCAUAUUUUUGUUGGGAUGAUGGCUGAUGCCGUUUGAAUAAAGCUAUACAUAUAGGCUUACAGGUUAACAAGCUUAUAUGGAUCAUGAAUUAUGAGAAAUUUCUUACAUUGAAACGUUCAGACAUUGGAGACCUACUUGAUCUUGUCACACUGAAAAAGCAUUGUGCAAAAGGAGCUUAGUGGGUGAUGCCGUUCGAUUAAAGCUAUAAAUAUAGGCUGGCAGGUUAACAGCUUAUGUGGAUCAUUAAUUAUGAGUUUCUUGCAGUGAAAUGUUCAGCCAUUGGAGACCUACUUGAUUUUGUCACACUGAAAUUAUUGUGCAAAAGGACACUAUAUACCACAGCAUGCUGCAUAUUUAUGUGAAGUUGCACACCCACAUCAAAAACUUGGCAAUACUCAAUUGUUUAUAAAAACUUGAAAUGCCAAGGGGGAGUUUUGACUUGUCUGGUCUUUGUCAUGCUAGUGAUUCAAGUGGUCUUAGACUCCGCUCACUUAAGCUGUAUGCUGUGGAGUAAUGUGAUUUGAACAACAUUGACAAUAUUUCACUUAUAGCAAAACAAACGUAAAUAAUCAAGAAUCAUAACCCAAGAAGAUAUAGGAAACACAGCUUCAGUAAGUAGAAGCGGUGUUUCUUUCAGUUUGAAGAACAUUUUUUUAAUACAGCCAUUCAAUGGUGAAUGAUUACAAAUA